UUUCGGAUAUGACGACAGCAUCGAGAUAUAUCUGAGCGGACUAUUCGAGAUCUCGAAACUCGUUUGAUCUUUCUUCCGUACCUAACUCAUAAGGAAGAAGUAACAAUGGCGGACUCUGCUCCAGCCGCGCGUGGAGGAUUCCGUGGAGGUUUUGGUUCUCGUGGAGGUGGUGGUGAUCGUGGUGGACCACGAGGCAGAGGCCGUGGAGGAAGAGGAAGGGGUCGUGGUCGUGGACGUGGUAAAGAGGACAGCAAAGAAUGGAUUCCAGUCACUAAGCUUGGUCGUCUGGUCAGAGAUGGGAAGAUCGACUCUUUGGAGCAUAUCUACCUUUUCUCUUUGCCCAUCAAAGAAUAUGAAAUCAUUGAUAAAUUCCUUGGAGUUGAUUUAAAAGACGAAGUUUUAAAGAUUAUGCCUGUACAGAAGCAGACUAGAGCUGGUCAACGUACACGUUUCAAGGCAUUUGUAGCCAUUGGCGAUUACAAAGGCCAUAUUGGUUUGGGCGUAAAGUGCUCUAAAGAAGUAGCCACUGCCAUUCGUGGUGCUAUCAUCUUGGCUAAGCUCUCAGUUGUGCCGGUACGUCGUGGUUAUUGGGGUAACAAGAUUGGUGAUCCCCACACAGUACCUUGUAAAGUUACUGGCAAGUGUGGAUCAGUUCAAGUACGUUUAAUUCCUGCGCCAAGGGGUACAGGCAUUGUGUCCGCACCUGUACCUAAAAAGUUGCUUCAAAUGGCCGGUAUCGAAGACUGUUACACAUCUGCGAGAGGAUCAACGUGUACCCUUGGUAACUUCGCCAAGGCAACCUAUGCAGCUAUUGCAAAGACCUAUGCAUACCUAACACCAGAUCUCUGGCAUAACCAGGCAUUGCGUAGAGCACCUUACCAGGAAUUUGCAGAUUGGCUGUCUAAGAAUCACAAAGGUGUUGGAGGACAAAAAUCUGCUGAAGUUUAGACAAUAAACUUCCAUGCGACAUUGUA